UUCGACCAAUAUCAGCCGACCGAAGACCGUAAGACGAUGCAGAGCCUCUGACGUCGACACUUCGGCCUCCAACCAUUCGCUUACAGGCGCUAUUAACGAUACCUACAUGCAGUGCGCCAUGGCUCUCGUAGCGCUUAUAUCCUGGACGAGAGCUCCUUUGUCUGCUCGAAGCUCGAUAAAUACCUCGACUUCGAAGGUAGCAUUGACUCUAUCGGUCUCCGCGGGACACCCCGACCGAACAGCAUUGUCGUCACUUUCAUUCCACCCAUCAUGGCUCCGCUGUGGUCAUCGCAGCCCUUUAAGACCAUCUACACGGCGGGUUUUCUCCUCUACACCGUGCCGCACCUGUUGUUUCUCUUUGCCCAGUACCUGGUAAAGCCUCUGCGUCCCUGUCCGGAAUGGAGCGCGGCUGUGAACCUCACCAGCGCCAUAGUGCGCAAGUUCUUCUGGUACAUCACAGCCACCCGUUCCCAACGCACUUUUUGCGCCGAGCCCGAGGAAGCCGGGGAGCGGUGCUCGAGAGUAGAUCCGCCCGCGAGCUACUUCUUCGCCGGUGCGCUAGCGGCCUCGGAGGCCGUCAAGCCGGGGCCCGUCGACGCCGUCUGGUUCCCGACCCCCCCGCCUUCCCGAGGCGAUGUAGCCGAGCUGAAGAAGCAGAAGAUCGUCCUCCAUUUUCCGGGAGGCGCCUUCGUCAUGGCUCUGGGCCACAACAACAAAGGACACGGUACGGCAGACCUCAUGGCCAAGGGCAUGAGGGCUACCAGGACCGUCUGGGCCCAGUACCGGCUCGCGGGCACCCCGGAGACUUGCUUCCCGGCCCCGAUCCAGGACGCGGUGACAUUUUACCAUUACGUCGUGUCCCUCGGCGUGGACCCUAAGAACAUCAUCUUGUCGGGCGACUCUGCCGGCGGCAACGUCGUCAUCGCGCUGCUGCGCUACCUGGAGGAUUUGCGGGCGCGAACGCGGACGCCGGAGCAGCUCCUCCCACUGCCCGGCGGCGCCCUCGUCUUAUCGCCCUGGGUUCACGUCGCCGCCGACGCCGGGAAGCACUACGACGAGUCGAGCCACUCGCAGUCCGACUUCCUGCUCGGAUCCUUCCUCCAAUGGGGUGUUGAUUCUUACCUGCCGAAAGAGGAGCUCUCGAGUGAAGCAAAGGCGUACAUCUCGCCGCUGCACCGCCCAUUUAAGCUGCCCGUGCCCCUUUACGUUCACGAUGGAGCCGCAGAAGGGUUUCACGCCGAUAUAAAGAGCUUCGUAGAUGAGAUGGUGGAGCUGAAUGGCGACCGAGUACGGUUCCGCUCGACGGCUCUCGCGCCGCAUGACCUGCUCGUAUCGCACCAAGCCUGGGGUAUGACGGGGGAGGUGGAUGCUAUGCUUGAGGAGGCCUGUGGCUUUUUUGAGGAAGCCGAGUGAAGCGAAACGAUAUUUUUCAGUAGAAGGGUAACCAUGCGUUGAUCAUCCCGAGAUGAGAUACAGACAUCUGCGUUCGACACAGACGUCUGACUCACCAACCCAAUGUACUUACAGAGGGAUAGCAUCGUAAUGCUAGUCACGUCUUCCUGAAUUAUGUUCCAUCGGUAUUGUCCGUAGACGUCCGAAUGCCUCCACACAAGCCGAAAUAAAAGACCAGAUGAGAGAGAGAGAGGCAGAGAGAGAGAGGCAAGAAAAAUGAUUGAAG